UAAGCUAGCAAAUGGCUUGGUAGCUAACUUUAGCCAGCACUAAAUUAGCCUAGUGGGGCAGGGUUGUUGAGAUAGAAGAAAGGAUGCUUUCGUUUGGUUUCAUGUCUACCCCAUUAAUGCUUGUGGUUACACACACCGUCUUGUACCAUGUUGGCUAAUUAUCUUACAAGAUACAAAAAGAUGUCAGUAGGAUUAGCUCCUGGCCCCACCUUACUGACAGCCGGGGAUGUCGGUUGAUGCAGUUGCAUGUUUUUCUUAUUGGAUAAAGUUAAUCUACGGACCGCUUGUAAACCACAAAAGCUAUGCCCUCAGAGUGAAAAGGAAAUGAUACAGCUCAGUGUCCGUCGCUGGACGCCCAAACACGUCGCCAAAUGGCUGAAGGAAGAGGGCUUCUGUGACUACGUGGACCUGCUGUGCAACAAGCACCGACUGGAUGGCACCAGUCUGCUCGCCCUCAGUGAGUAUGACCUCCGAUCACCCCCUCUGGAGCUCAAGGUCCUGGGGGACAUCAAGCGGCUGAUGGUGUCCAUCCGGAAACUCCAGAAACAGAACAUAGACGUGUUAGAAGAGCUGGGCCUUCCCUUUGAUGGCCACUCUCCUACAGGCUCCGGAGGCAGUUUGGACUGGCUGUGUAAUGGAGAGUCAGGCAGAGACUGUGAUAGCACUGACACUGCUCCAGUGGGAGAGGAGUAUCACCAGUACACUAAUGGGAAGUACAAGCAACAGACAAGGCGCCUGGAUCCAGAGUACUGGAAGACAGUGCUUAGCUCCAUCUAUGUGGUGUUUGUGUUUGGAUUCACGUCCUUUGUCAUGGUCAUCGUGCAUGAGAGGGUGCCUGACAUGCGCACAUACCCUCCACUGCCAGAUAUCUUCCUUGACAGUGUGCCCAGAAUACCAUGGGCCUUUGCUAUGGCUGAAGCAUGUGGAGUGAUCCUCUGUAAUAUCUGGUUGCUGGUUCUGUUGCUCCACAAACACAGGUCGAUCCUUUUGCGGCGCAUGUGCAGCCUCAUGGGGACGGUGUUCAUGCUGCGCUGUAUCACCAUGUUUGUCACCUCCCUGUCUGUGCCAGGACAGCACCUGCAAUGCUCAGGAAAGAUGUACGGUGACAUGUGGGCCAAACUGCAGCGCGCUGUAGCCAUCUGGAGCGGUUUUGGGAUGACCCUGACCGGAGUGCAUACGUGUGGUGACUACAUGUUCAGUGGCCACACUGUGGUCCUUACCAUGCUCAACUUCUUUGUCACAGAGUACACUCCACGGAGCUGGAAUUUCAUUCACACGUUGUCCUGGGUCCUGAAUCUCUUUGGCAUCUUCUUCAUCCUGGCUGCACACGAGCACUACUCCAUCGACGUGUUCAUAGCGUUUUACAUCACUACCAGACUCUUCCUGUACUACCACACUCUGGCCAACACCCGGGCCUACCAGCAGAGUCGACGAGCUCGCAUCUGGUUCCCCAUGUUCUCCUUCUUUGAGUGCAAUGUGAACGGGCCUGUCCCCAAUGAGUACUGCUGGCCCUUCUCUAGACCUGCUGUGAUGAGGAGGCUGAUUGGAUAAUGAGCAGCAUUAGCGUUAUGCUUCUUAGCCUGUGCUGUUUCUGUGUCUGCUUUGUCAAGUUGCCAACUGAGGUGUGAUCAUCAACAAAGAUAACUGAUGUGAUCCUGUUAGCAUCGAGGCCUGAUUGGAUACAUAGAGCCAUACAUUCUUAUAAUCUCGAUCUCACCUUCUAACCUGCUUCCUUGAAACCGUAUUUACCAUAUUAGGCGGAGUGGGGAUAUGUCUCAUUUGUUGGUUGCUUGUUUUUCUUCUAUAAAGAUGUAUCAUUUUAUGUAGCAUGGGCUGCAUUUUUCAGUAAUUUGCAGCUUACUCAUCUGUCAAAGUAUUUUGUUUGCACAUGACAGAAAGAAGCCACAUCAAAAAAUCUCAGACGGAGAGUGUUACCUAAACCUUCUCAGCAGUUUUUUUAUUUUCUGUGCAAUCACAGUACCUGAUAAUUUCAAGGCUUGGAUCCAUAUUCUUGACUGAAAAUAUGUCUGACCAGCCGCUGUGUAGUUUAUGGAAACAUAACACUACGGACCACUGUUAAAGCAAUAUUUAAAGAUCUACAUUUCAUAUAUUAUCAGUGAUGAAAACCUUUUUCAUUCCUGGAGAUUGCGACCAUUUUAACAGCAUUACUAAAUGUUCUCAGAGUAAUUCAUUGCUCAUUGAAAGAAACGGUAAAGUACAACAGACCUCUGUUGAUAUUAUUCACUUAGCUAUGGCCUCUUCCUUACCAGACCUAGAAAAGAUGCAUUCAAGGAAACGUCAGUAUAAGCCAAAACAGGGAAUAACAAAGAUUUUUCCAGCUGUCUUAAAUAUAAUUCCAUUUGCCAAUUACCUUGAGUGUCACAAUAGGUUUAUCUGUGUAAAAAUUUCCCAAAUCUUUAAUGUUUACCGUUGGAUAGUUCUAUAGUGUUUUUUUUAAAAAAUCACCAUAAGAGUGUAAAUGACCAGACUUGCAUAGAAAGUGAGCUUUCCCUAAUCCGUUAACAUUAGUCUAUAGUAAUAGUUCUUUAAAAGGACCCUUAAAUUUGUAUGUAUUUGUUUAUAUUAAUUUAUUUCAUUUUGUAAAUGUCGAUAGGUAUUUUUAUAUUUCAUAUACAGUGUUAUAGCAACAUGCACAUGGAGAAAUAUGUUUACAGUUGCUCUUAACUAUGUAUUUGUUUGAAACACAAUGUGCUUUUUAAGUGUAAUAUUUAUUUCAGAUUGGCCUCUACACUUCAUAUAGUGAAACUUGCCAGAUGUAAUUGAUUUGGUCAUUACAGCAUGUUAAAAACAUGAUUAUUUUAAGUGGAGUUGACAUGCUGCAACACGUCCUUUCAUUGAAGAAUGAUGCUGUUGCAUUCAUGUGCUCCUGCAGAGCCACAUUACUCGUUUCAUGUCUCCUUCAGUCAUUUUCAUCAUUAAAGAACUGACAUCAAAGACCAGA